AUGUCACUGACCUUCCAUCUUCUUGUGGUAUUCCUAAUCACCAUCAUCAUCGGCAUCACCAAGUCCCAAACCAGUAUUACUGAAGAUUGGCCUAAUUCAAGUCAAAUAGCUGAUCUUCUACAUACUGAGGGAGUGAUAAUCGAGAAUCUUAGAAAUUACAUAAAUGCCUUAGACAGCAAAAUCACCAACAUUAAGGCCAAGACCCAAGAGAUCCAAGGAAUUUACGAUGUCGCACAAAAUGAUACUGGCAAAUAUUUUGGAAAUCCCAUUAACACAUUUCAUUUGAUAAAACGCAUGUCCCACGACUGGGAGACUUUGAGGACUCUUGCCUCACAGGAUGUGACAGGACAUAUCGUUGAAAACAUAACGAGAUUAAGCGAGAUUUUGGCAUUCCCCAGUGCAGAAGAUUUAGAUGAGGUGUUGGAACGAUUAGUGAGAGCUGAAGAUGUUCAUCAACUUGUUUCCUCACAGCAGCAGCAGAUGAUGGUGGAUGAUGGAGAGUUCAAUGGCAUCAAAUUACGUACGCAAAUGACUUGGAAUGACUGUUUGGUGUUGGGGAAACGUUCAUUCAAGAUGAAAGAAUAUCACCUGGCUAGAACGUGGUUGGAAACAGCCCUUAAAAAAUUAACGGGUGAUACAGAUAAUAAUAAAGCUAAUGUGAAGAUUUUGGAAAUGAUGGCUAAGGUGGAAUAUAAAAGUGGCACCUUGGAUCUUGAAAAGAAACAAAAGAUCCGCAAAGUGCAUGUAUUCCUUAUUACUGAUAAUUAUAAUUUUAAGAAUAGCCAAUCGGUCACACACUUGAGUGAAGAAGGAAGCAUGGGUAAAUUGUAA